UGCUGGAGAAACAGGUCUGGCAGUAUCAAUGGGAGAAAAACAGAGUUAGCAUUUGAAAUCUAGUGAUCCUUUGUCAGAGGAACAGUUAAUUGUUCACCAUCAGAGCAUGUAUGACGGGCCGAACGGCCUCCUUCUGGAUAAAGUUUGUUUUCGGUGUACUGUAUUUGCCUGUUGGGGGGAAGUGGCCAAGGAUUCGCAUUAUUCCUGAAGUAUUCGUAUUGUGGUUCUCCUGGUUGUUUGCACCAUAUGUUGUCUGUGCACUGUUUGAGUGCUAUUCGCCCCUUUGUCCAGCAUUUACACUACCUUUACACAGAGUAUUUCCCCGGACCGGAGGGGUAUUUCCACUGCAUUUUUUUAGUACGCUUUCACUGAGUUCUCUGGGUUGUUCCCCGUUACGGGGCAGUACUUUGCAAUGACUCAGCCUCUCGCACACCAAACUUCAAGCACUUCCGUAUCCGUCAGAAACGGAGAGCGCCCGCCGAUCCUGAAGGCUCCAGCGCCGAAACCGAGCCGGCUCCCAGGUGUUUGAAGCCACAAUGGAAGGUAUCAGUUUCCGGUUCUUAGCCCAUCUCAAUCAACUCAGUGAAAACCUGGGCAGCGAUGAGCUGAAGGCAAUGAAAUUCCUUUGCCGAGAUCUGUUGCCCAGUAACCGGCUAAACGGGGCUGAUUCUGGACAAAAACUCUUCGUCGCUCUGCAGGAGAAAGGUCUUCUCGAUGAAAAUGACCCCUUCAUUGUGGCAGAACUACUGUAUCGGACCCGACAAUUCAGGCUCCUGAAGAAGAUGAAAUACGACAAAGACGAGGUCUGCAAGCAGCUGAAAGAAUCAGGAAAGGCCAAGAUCUCAUCAUACAGACAGUUUUUGUUCGAGGUUUCAGAUGAUAUUACGAUGAAGGAUUUGGACACUGUGAAACAUUUUUUGCGCUUCUCACUAUCCAAAUUGAAACUGGAGAAUAUCACAACAAUGCUGGAUGCCCUCACUGAAAUGGAGAAGGAGGGAUUGCUGGAAGAAAACAAUAUGGAGCUUUUGAAGGACAUUUGCAAGGAAAUUGGGGAGGAUUUAGUGAAGAAGUUUGACUGUUACACAACGGAAGGAAGCCGGAAGGGUAAGGAAUCUGGUCCAUUGCUGGCUCCAACUCCCGAGACUGAGUGUCUGCUUGUGAACUUAAUUCCUCAGAGGCCACCAUCUGGGGUACGGUUGGGACCCCCCAGGAUGGGUGAACAACACAAUUCCUUGUCAACGAAACCGGCACAGCUUUCUGACACGAAGGAGCAAGAUGGUGUUGACUUCCAUGGUCCAAAUACUGAGGCGAAGUCUGAGCACCAGAUUCUGGGCACGUACAAAAUGGAGAGCAACCCAAGGGGCUUCUGCGUCAUAAUUAACAACAUUAUCUUCAAGACAAUGCCGGAACGCAAAGGAACGCUUGUGGACGCGGAGCGGCUCGACGGCGUCUUCAGGUGGCUUGGUUUUGAAGUGGUUCUGUUCAAGAACCUCUCGGCUGCAGAGAUGAGGGACACCAUGAAUCGGUACCGGGAGACGGAUCACUCGCUGCGGGAUUGCUUUGUCUGCUGCAUCCUGACGCACGGCAAGCAGGGCGUGAUGUGCGGCACCGACGGCCAAAUGGUCGCCAUACGCGAAAUCACCUCGCUCUUCUCGGGCUCGCAGUGCCCGACCCUCCGAGAGAAGCCCAAGCUCUUCUUCAUCCAGGCGUGCCAGGGCACCAAGAAACAGGACAGCGUCGGGGUGGAGGCCAGCACUGCGGGGGCGGGGCCCAGCCUCGCGGAGGCGGGGUCUAGCGCCGCGGGGGCGGGGCCCGGGAGCACCGGAAGUGAGGUAGUCAGUGUUGAGACCGACCCCGUGCUGGAGCCGGACGCCAUUAGCAUCGCCAUGGUCACCAUCCCUGACGAGGCGGACUUUCUCCUAGGCAUGGCGACGGUGGAGGGAUACGUCUCGUUCCGACACACACAGCUGGGCACCUGGUAUAUCCAGUCGCUGUGCGAGAACCUGGAGAAAUACUGUGCCAGGGAGGAUCUGCUCAGCAUUCUGACCAUCGUCAACAGAGAUGUCAGUGGGAAAAAAGACAAGAAAGACAAAACUCAAAUGCCACAGCCCAGUUAUACCCUUAGGAAGAAACUUUACUUCCCUGUGACCCAAAGCUUCACCAGUUUCACAAACUCCCCCUAACCACUGUGGCACUGGAAGCAAGGUGGAGUUUGGGGUUUGCAAGUCCUGGGGACUCUAAAGGUCUCUGUGUAGGGAUUCAUUGAUGGUGAGUUGGAUUGGGCUGUGUGACUCUGUCUGGAAGCCUCUUCAUCUCGUUGUCAAUGCAGGUCAUUGACUAAACAACUAGUUUUGAUCUGAACCACUGUGAAGAGGACAUUGAUUAUGUCACCACUAGAUUGUUUUACCAUGAACGUGGCAAUAUUUCCAAAAGAUUUUUUAGGAAAAACAAUAUUAUGUGUAUAACAGCAUUGAAGGGAUUGGGAUUGGGAAUUUCACUAAAGUUUUUGUCACCUGCUGUGAUUUUGUACUUCCCUCUCCUACCUUCCCUUCCCAGCUCCAGCAGGUCAUUCACCCAGAGCCAGUUGCACAGGUGACUGCUGUGCGCUCACUGUCCAACAAAGGCUGGAGUGGCAAGGCAGGAGUGGAGUACCUGGAACGAGGUGACACUGGGAUCCAGAAGGAGAUUCCAGCCUUCACCUGGGGAGCUGACAGUAGCUACAUUGUUCUGACUGAAGUUCUCCCAGUGAAGCUUUGAAGAGUAUCUUCUUUUUAAAAAAAAUGUACAAAGAUUUCUAAAUUUUAUAAGCAAGUUUAUUAUCUGACUGAAAUUUGAGAGACUGACCCCAAGGCAUUUGUUUACUUUAGAUGUAGUGUGAUGUCCUCAGUCUUCACUCACUUUCUGUGCCCACCAACCUCUGCUUUGCACUCUAUUUGUGCUCUCUUUCAUUUUUCUGAUUUUUUUUGCACUGUUAAGAGAUAAUUACAGGCACACUAUCAGCUGCUCUUUCAGUAUUGUAUGUAUGUACCAGGGUUUAUUACUGUGUGUGUAUGGUAGUACAUGUCUAUAUAAAUGUCUCUCUGUGCAAACAUAUACAUAUGCAUGUCUGUCUGUGUUUGAAUGUGUGCAAGAGUAUUUCUGCAGCUGCCAAUGUGUAAAUUUAACAGAUUCAAUCUUGUACAUGUAAUCAGCCUUACCCUGACUGACGUGAAUACCCAAAUGUGCCUCUCCUGCUCCACACUGUCUGCUUAGAGCGAGAGUUUUAAGAAAAUGGAUUCCAUUCUUCUCCUCUGGGUCUCCUCUUUGCUCAGUCCCAUUGACCAACGUGGCUGCUCUCUUCCUUUCCCUCCUCCAUUGGGGUCUGCAGACCCAGGAAGUUGAUCAGUUCGAAGUAUGAGAAGACCCAGGGCCUGGUGAUGUUUUGAUCUCGCUCCAGACCAAGGAACUCCACCCACAGAUUCCGAGAAAAUGUUAGGUUAUGUUCCAUCAGCCCCUUUUGACUGAAAUAAAAGAAGAGGCAAUUAGUAACAGGUGGAGAGGAGGCGGUGGGGAUCACUGACGGGGAGUCUAAGAAUUGGGGUGAGUGUGGGGGUGCUGGUUCAGAAGAAGAGUGGGAAAAGCGGUUAGGGAGGGUACUGUUGAGUUUCCAGCACUCUGUCUGUGUACCUGGUUUUCCAAUACUGUAUCUGUGUUGUAGAUAUUAACAAAAAAUUUUCUGUGUUAGCCAAAAUGAAACGUGAAGGAGAAAAUAUGAAACUUGGUGAUGACCUAAUGAUUAGAAAGGUCCUGGGUUUUAAAAGCUUUUACAGCCAACUGUAGGAAGGUAACAGAGGCAGCGGUGUGGGUGAGCAGAUUUCAUAAAUUCGUAGUGGGGGCCUUAAGCUCUGAAUGAGAAAAGGAUAUUCCCAAUGACUGGGGAUUCCAGAACCAGGGAUAACAACCUUAGGAUACGAGGGAGGCCAUUUAGGAUUGAGGAGAAAUUUCUUCACCUAGUGAGUGGUGAGGUAGUGGAAUUCUGCCACAGAAAGUGGUUGAGGCCAAAAAAUUGAACGUUUACAAGGAGUGACAUGAAGUUCUUGGGGCAAAAGGGAUUAAAAAGUGAACACAGAAACAGGCUGCUUUGGAUGACCAGCCAUGAUCAUAUUGAAUGGCCUACUCCUGCUGCUAUUUUCCAUGCUUCUAUGUGUUUGGCCUGAAAGAACAUGUUUGUUUAUAACAAGCUUUGUAACUGAAGCAAUAAUAGACUGAACUGUGGGUGUUUGGAUUUCCAGUACUCUGCGAGUGUGAGCUGUAGAUAUUAACCUAAAAUUUGCUGCAUUAGGUGAAAACUUUUUUUAAAAACUUGGUAAUGACCUAAUGAUUAGAAAGGUCAUGUCUUUUAAAGUGUUUGUGUUUGGGCUGAAAGAGCGUGUGUUUGUUUACAUCAAGUCUUGUAAUUUGAACAAUAAUGGACUGAACUGUCACUGUAACUUUAGAAAAGUUUAAAAUAGAUACAGUAAAUCAAAUGUGAUAAUAUGGACUAUUUAUCAGCUGAAUUUGUGAUUGUCAAGGAAUUGUGCUGCGUAAAUAUUAUUUGUUUGAUUGGAUGACAUAAAAGUGGUGAACAAUGAACUCAAGCUAAAGUUUGAUAUCAAAGUUCAUUAAAGGCAAGAGAUGGACCUCUUUGCAAAGAGACACAGACCAGUCUUAAUGAGUUGAUUGAUCAAGCCAACAUGGAAAUCAUGAUACGUUUCUCAUUGGUCAAACUGAUCAUUUUCUGGAGACUGGAUAUUGUCAAGAGUGUAAAAUGUACAAAUUCUUUAUAUGGAAAGAAUAUAAAGCAACUGGCCUCACAGUAAAAUAUUUAGCAUGCUCAGAGGAAGGUUGGUUGAUCAAUGACGAGACAUUGAGAUAGAGCAGGCAGAUCACCUGUUGUGGUCUGAUCUUCAGACAAGUCAGUGUAGAGGGGUUCACUUGCAUUUGUAAACAUUGUAUGGGUAAGAUUUUUGUAAUGUAGUUUGCUUUAAUAAAGAACUUUGCAUAUA